AUGCCACAAAAUAACAGGAAAGCUGAUAAACUAUCUGGUUGCUCAUUCAUGUACGUAGAUGAAGUGUAUACAUUUGGUUUCAUUACAAAUGAGCAAACAUUUUGCUUCAAAGCACGUGAUCUCUAUUCAUCCAAAGAUUUUGCCAUUCUCGCCGUAACGGGGCUGCUUGACUUGGCAACUGUAAUGGCAGUGAGACGCACUGCAAAAGCAGCGAAAAUUAUGCGAGGCGAAGUAUAUGCGAAGCAUUUAAUGGAACUCAAGCUAUUGAAGCAGGCUAUAACCCAAGCUGCAGCUUUUGCGGUGCAAAUCUUGUGCGUAGCAUUUUUUGUCGCGGUGUUUGAUAGCGAAUGGACAGUAUGGGCGUUUACGGCUGUUGCCUGGAAUCUUUUGCACUUGAUUGAUCCAAUUAUCAUCCUGGCAUUCAACAAGGAAUUCCGACGACUGAUCCUCUCAUCACCGAAGCCGUCCUCGACAAAGGAUAGAACAUCUCACAUUGUCUUUCAUACGCGACAAACCACCACGUUUUAG